UUUUUUCUCCUAGCAUAAUAACAUAUCUCAAAGCUAACAUUCUGCACAAACUUCACUCUUCCAAUACCAAUUUGAGAAGAAGAAGAAGGAAGUGGAAUAAAAUGAGUGAAGAAAAGAAAAUCCAUCUAGAUGUAGUGGGCAUGGGUGAGCUCAAGCAAUGGUCUUUCUACAAAGCCCUAAUUGCAGAGUUUGUAGCCACCCUUCUCUUCCUCUAUGUCACUAUCGCCACCGUCAUCGGUCACAAGAAGCAGCACAGACCUUGUGACGGGGUUGGCCUCCUCGGUAUCGCGUGGUCCUUUGGUGGCAUGAUCUUCGUCCUCGUCUACUGCACAGCUGGCAUAUCAAAGGGUCACAUAAAUCCGGCGGUGACGUUUGGAAUGUUAAUGGCAAGGAAGGUGACGUUGGUGAGAGCGUUGGCGUACAUGGCGGCGCAGUGCUUGGGAGCCAUAUGCGGCGCGGCGUUGGUGAAGGCAUUCAUGAAACAUCACUACAUGAUGCUUGGUGGUGGAGCCAACUCCGUGGCGGCUGGCUACUCCCGCGGCUCGGCUUUGGGUGCAGAGAUCUUUGGAACUUUCAUACUUGUCUACACCGUCUUCUCCGCCACCGACCCUGAAGGAAUCGCUCGUGACGCCCACGUUCCUGUGUUGGCACCAUUGGCAAUUGGAAUUGCAGUGUUUAUGGUGCACUUGGCCACCAUUCCCAUCACAGGGACUGGCAUCAACCCUGCAAGGAGUUUGGGUCCUGCUGUCAUCUUUAACAAUCCAAAAGUCUGGCAUGAUCAGUGGAUAUUUUGGGUGGGGCCUUUUGUGGGAGCACUUGCAGCAGCUGUUUAUCACCAAUAUGUACUCAGAACUGCCACUACUGCCACCGCUAUUACCACCACCACCAACUCCCCUCGCAUCUAAAACUUAACAAUCUAUUUAUUUAUUAAUCUGUUGUGGAUGAAUAAAUCUAAGUGCACUUACUUUUCAAAACUUUUGUCUAUUGCAAUUAUUUAUUAUUAAAAUAUUUAUGAGAAUGUAAGAUUGAAUUUUUUUUGGGUGAAUAUGUAAGAUUGAAUUGGUAGUUAUGUUUUUUA